AAAAGUUAUUUCAGCAAUCGAAUCAACGUCUCGUAACCUAAGCUUUACCAUCUGCUUCAUAAAUCUUCCCAGUGUUCCUGAUCGUUUUUUGAAUACUGCCGUUUAACUUCAUGAAGAGAAAUUUUCAACAAUCGUCGUCCUCAGGACCUGCUAGAUCCAAAUCUAGACACAAUCCGGAUGGCGAUGCGUUUUUAGAAGAUGAGAGUACCAAGAAUCUUGCCAAGAAAGUUGCGGAACAUUACAGUGCAAGGACAAACCAAACGUUGGAAGAGCGAGAAGCGAGUCCGAUUAUUCAUUUAAAGAAGCUCAAUAACUGGAUAAAAAGUGUUCUGAUUCAACUUUAUGCAAAGAGCGGGGAUAGCGUUCUUGAUCUUGCAUGUGGUAAGGGUGGUGAUUUGAUCAAGUGGGAUAAGGCGAAAAUCGGAUAUUAUGUCGGCAUUGACAUAGCUGAUGGCUCGAUAGAGGAUUGUCGCACUCGUUACAAUGGUGAUGCCGAUCAUCAUCAACGACGUAAAAAGUUCUCCUUUCCUGCUCGGCUUUUAUGUGGAGAUUGUUUUGAGGUUCGAUUAGAUAGAGCUUUAGCUGAUGAUGCACCUUUUGAUUUAUGUAGUUGUCAGUUUGCGAUGCACUACUCAUGGUCCACUGAAGCACGCGCACGUAGGGCAUUGGCUAAUGUAUCAUCGUUGCUUAGACCUGGAGGAAUUUUUAUUGGAACAAUGCCUGACGCGAAUGUAAUAGUGAAAAAGCUAAGAGCAGCCGACGGAAUGACAUUUGGCAAUAGUGUCUUCUGGAUUCAGUUUGAUGAUGAAUUCUCAGAGAAGAAAUUCAAGUCUUCAAGCCCCUUUGGCAUAAAGUACAAAUUUCAUCUAGAGGAUGCUGUCGAUUGUCCAGAGUGGGUUGUGCCAUUUCACGUCUUUAAAUCACUGGCAGAAGAGUAUGAUUUGGAGCUUGUUUUUGUGAAGAACUCACAUGCAUUUGUUCACGAGUACAUGAAAAAACCGGAAUAUAUUGAGCUUAUGCGAAGACUAGGUGCGUUGGGUGAUGGAAACCAAGACCAGACUACACUUUCACCAGAUGAAUGGGAGGUAGCUUAUCUAUAUUUGGCAUAUGUUUUGAGGAAGCGAGGCCAACCAGACCAAAGCAGAGCGAAUAGUAGGAGAUACAGAGACAAAAAAGACCUGAGAAAGGAAGACAUAACAUAUAUCAGUAGCUGAUUUCAUGUAGGGUGGAUUCAGAUAGGUACAAACCUCUAAGAAAACAGGAAGUUUGUGUAGAGGAUCAACAGAUGUGAACUUGUUUAUGGAUACCAGAUGUUUUAUUAAAAUAAGUUGGGCCGUAGCUGUUACGUUCAAAGAUAAUGAUAAGUGAUAACACAAUACACCUGUUACCUAAGUGCUUGAAUUUUCCUUUUUGGCUCCAAAUUGGAAGCCUUCCUUUAAUGACAAUUACUUCCGUUAUAUAGAAAAA